AUAUUUGGACCAAGCAAUCCUUUGGUAUCAGGAUUGUUGCCACAGUCUAUUGUUGACCUGACAAUGAGUCAUUGUUAUAACAUGCCAAUCAUUCAAGGUGUACUGCCAUCGUCCUUGCUCACCUUUGCACUGGGCGACGACUUUAAUCAACCACUGGCACCAUCAACCCUGCCCCAGACUCUGACCAAACUUACAUUUGGAUACAACUUCAAUCAGCCGUUGCAGGCUUAUGUGCUUCCGCAGUCGCUCACUGAUCUUACAUUUGGUUAUCAGUUCAAUCAAUUGAUCGUGCCAGGCACACUGCCUCGAGAACUACGCAAGUUAGUGUUUGGACACAAUUACAAUCUUCCAUUGAUAGGCGCUACCUUGGAUAACAACAGCAGCACACAACGAGGCAGCCUUCCUCAAUCACUUACAACACUAAAGUUUGGCAAUGACUUUAACCAGACACUGACACCUGGCACUCUGCCCCAUAAGCUCUUAUCCGUUGAGUUUGGUAGUCUGUUCAAUCAACAAGUGGCACCGGGUACGCUUCCAUCAUCACUCAAAGUGCUAUUCUUCAACACGCGAUUCAAUCAACUUGUUCCCGCGGGAUCACUACCUGCUUCACUGGUACACCUAAGGUUUGGCUCAAACUUCAAUGAACAACUGGAACAAGGUGCUCUGCCACAUGGCUUGGCCAAGCUAGAGUUUGGUUUCUAUUUCAAUCAAACAAUCACACCAUUUACCUUCCCUCAGACGCUGACCAACCUCAGGUUUGGCUCCAAGUUUGAUCAGUUACUCACACCUGGACUGCUGCCUGCCUCAGUCAAGGUGCUCAACUUUGGCAAUCUUUUCAACAGCGUCAUACCCAUGAACUCGCUCCCGCCACACCUACUUAGAGUUGGCUUUGGAACAGAAUUUAAUCGACCUCUGCCACCUGGUACCCUUCCCCUAUCACUCACCAGUCUAAAGUUUGGUCGACGAUUCAAUCAAGAGUUGGGGCCGAACGUUUUGCCACCUGCUUUACAAGUGCUCAAGGUUGGCUGUGAGUUCAAUCAACAAACGUCACACCUUCCAAAGACACUCCGAUCAAUCACUGUUACCAACUAUCGCGCUCACCUCAGUCUUGUUCAACAGUGCUACACAUACAUCAGUAGGAUAAAAGUAUCCACAACGCCACAAACAAAUCUCUCUCCAACUCUAUCACCUUCAAAUGGAACGAUCCAAUCAUCGCCUCCAACACCCUCAUCACCAUCACCUCCCAUCAUACUCUCCAAUCCAAACCCUGGUCAACCAUUGAAGCUUAGAGAGCUUUACAUGUAUGGCUAUCUAAAGGACUUGAGCGAGUACCAGUACAUAGUUGGAUCACUCGCCAAACAACUGUUCAUUCCCAACAUUUACAUCUACCUUGACCUGAACAGCGAUAUCUUCAACUACUACUGCCGCAUCAUCGACCAAGACGUAUCACUAGUGCUGGACGAAAAGCAAUCCGGUGGCUUCAUCUCCACCAACAGUGUACUCCAA